CAACCAAACAAGCUUUAAGCUUUAAACCAAUAUGGAUACAAAAAUAGAAGUUACUGCAUAAUAUCACCUAAAAUGGUGAAAUCACUUCCAUUACUACUUUUAUACAUCUUGUUUUCUGUUUUCUUGUCUGGGUUGUCUGAAUUCUCUGCAUUUGCAGACUUUGAGGCUCUUUCAAUCAAUACCCAUCUAAAUUUACAUUCAAAUUUUAGCAGUUACAGCAGGAAAGCAGCUGAAGUUCUGGGAAGAAGUACCAUGUUUACAGUUCUUAAAGAAGAGUUCACAUUUCCUGUUGAUUCUCGACCAUUUAACAACUGUCACGCUUCCACCAUUGUUGAGGCUGAAAAUGACCAUUUUCUGGUUGCUUAUUUUGGGGGAACUGAGGAAGGAGCGCCUGAUGUUAAGAUUUGGUUGCAAAGAUAUAAGGAUGGUUGUUGGAGUUCUCCUAUUGUUGUUGAUGCAGAACCUUCUGUUCCAAUGUGGAAUCCUGUACUUUUUAAAGCAUGCAAUCAGUUGCUUCUGUUUUAUAGAGUUGGUCAUAGCGUUCAGAAUUGGACUGGAUGUAUGAAGCGUUCAUUUGAUGGAGGUUACACUUGGGCAGAUAGAGAACAACUUCCUCCUGGUGUAUUAGGACCAAUAAAAAACAAGCCCAUUUUGCUGGAUGAUGGGCAGAUGAUAUGUGGGUCCUCUGUAGAAAGCUGGAACUCUUGGGGGGCUUGGGUGGAGGUAACAUCUGAUUUAGGUAAAACUUGGAAAAAAAAGGGACCAAUAUACAUCCCUGGCGAGGGUCUGAGUGUGAUUCAACCUGUACCUUACCAGACAGCCAAUGGGAGUUUACGGGUUCUCUUAAGAUCCGCUGUGGGCAGUGUUUGCAUGUCUGAAUCUCUAGAUGGCGGCCGUAGCUGGAGCUAUGCACAACCAACUCAACUCCCAAAUCCUAAUUCAGGAAUUGAUGGGGUGAAGUUGAACGAUGGUCGUCUUGUACUUGCUUACAACAUUGAUUCUAGGGGAUUACUCAAGGUUGCUGUCUCGUGUGACGAUGGUGACUCAUGGCUUGAUGCUUUGACGCUUGAGGAUUCUUCAGAGAUGGAGUUCUCUUAUCCAGCUGUCAUCCAGGCCAGCGAUGGAUCAGUCCACAUCACUUACACUUACAAAAGGACACAAAUUAAGCAUGUUGUUCUUCAACUCAAUUGAUGCGGUGAACCUUAUAUCUGCGGCAACCACUGCAUGACAACUCAGGUAGACCCAAUCCAGACCCACUUCAGCUCUGAGCUCUGCAUGUAGACCCAAUCCCCACUUCCAACUUCCAAGAACCACAGCUAAUAUGGAUUAUACCUGUGAGGUGAAACCCAUACCACCUGUACCAAUUACUAAAUUGUAAUCUUUGUUGCAUACAAGAGAAUGGGAAACUUAAUGUGUUGGUGUAGCUGUGAUUAUUCCUUUCAUUUCAUGCACGUCUGUGAAAUGUUUCACCUGAAUGGACAUUUGACACUGUUUUGGAAAACCACUAAAAUUUUCACACGAUUGAACAUUUUAUCGUGUCUAAUACGAGUACUCAGAUUCGAGCAAA